CCAUUUUCAGACUACUUCUUAGUCUACUGAUGGAUUACAGAGUCUCGCUUCGUCGUUGGUCGUUGCCAACUCUACAUGUCUGUAGCGCAUAGUCUCUUUAAAGCAUAAAAAUCUCUGUUCGUCUCUGUAAAGCUCAAAAAACCCGCCAUGAAACCUUCAGAAGACGAUCCUAUCAACCUCUCGAACCGGCUUUUACAUUCUCUGCUGGAACAAAUCCCUCACGUACAGAACUUCAAGGGAAAAUGGGCUUCAAGCAGGACCAAACUCAGCGAUCUACAAACCCAACUCGCCGACUUCAACGAUUUCCCGUGCUCUACGUCUCACCCUCUCUGUCUCGACCUCCUUCACUCCAUUUCUCAUACCCUAAACGAUGCCGUUUCACUCGCUGAAAAAUGUCAGAGCGCUAACCUCACUGAGGGAAAGCUUAAGACGCAGAGCGACAUCGAUUCUGUUCUGGCGAGGCUCGAUCGGCAUAUUAAGGACAGUGAGAUUUUGAUUAAGAGUGGGGUUCUUCAAGACUGCGUCGUUUCAUCUUCUUCCAAGAGGGAGGCCGUAAGGGUUGAGACGAGGAAUUUUCUAACUCGGUUGCAGAUUGGGAGCACUGAGGCGAAGAACUCGGCGAUGGACGCGUUGCUAGGGUUGCUUCUGGAGGAUGAUAAGAACGUUAUGAUUGCAGUGGCGCAGGGUGUAGUUCCCGUGCUUGUUCGCUUACUUGAUUCAAGCUCUUUGGAGAUGAAAGAGAAGACUGUUGCCGCCAUUUCUAGGGUCUCAAUGGUGGAUAGUAGCAAGCACGUCUUGGUUGCGGAGGGAUUGCUUCUCCUGAAUCAUUUGCUUCGUAUUCUCGAAUCAGGGAGUGGUUUUGCCAAGGAAAAGGCGUGUAUUGUCCUUCAAGCUCUAAGCGUUUCAAAAGAUAACGCGAGGGCUAUUGGUUCUAGAGGCGGAAUUUCAUCGCUAUUAGAGAUUUGUCAAGCCGGCACGCCUGGUUCACAAGCUUUUGCUGCUGGGGUUUUGAGAAAUCUCUCUGUAUUUAGCGAAAUUAGUGACAAUUUCAUCGAGGAGAAAGCAAUUUUCGUUCUUAUUGGCCUGGCAGCUUCAGGGACUGCUGUAGCCCAAGAGAAUGCUAUUGGGUGUUUAUGUAAUUUGGUUUCUGAGGAUGAAAGCUUGAAGCUUUUAUUGGCUAAAGAAGGGGUAAUUGAGUGCUUAAAGAACUACUGGGAUUCAGUUCCUUCAGUGAAGAAUCUCGAAGCAGCUGUUGAGCUGUUGUCUCACUUGGCUUCAUACAACCCAGUUGCAGAAGUUCUUGUUUCAGAUGGAUUCAUUGCUAGACUCGUAGCUCUACUGAAUUGCGGUAUUUUGGGUGUGAGAAUUGCAGCUGCUCGAGCUGUUUACGAGCUUGGGUUUAGCACUAAAACAAGAAAAGAAAUGGGUGAAUGUGGGUGCAUUGCACCAUUGAUCAAAAUGUUGGAUGGUAAAGCUGUUGAAGAGAAGGAAGCGGCCGCUAAGACCUUGUCAAGUCUUGUGUUGUAUGCAGGUAAUAGAAGGAUUUUCAGGAGGGAAGAAAGAGGGAUAGUGACUGCAGUUCAGCUUUUAGAUCCUUUGAUACUGAAUUUGGAUAAGAAAUAUCCAAUCUCUGUAUUGUCUUCCCUUGUCCAUUCCAAAAAGUGUAGAAAACAAAUGGUUGCGGCUGGUGCUACUGUGUACUUGCAGAAACUUGUUGAGAUGGAUAUUGAGGGGGCUAAGAAGCUCUUGGAAAUUCUUGGCCGGAGUAAAAUUUGGGGCAUCUUUUCCCGACCCUAGCAGUGCUAGGAAUCUUCGGAAGGCAUCAGGAUAAUUGAUUUCUCUGUAUGUACAAAAGUUGAGUUUUUGUUGAUUCUUGUUUAAUUUCAACUCUUGUUUCCUCAUUUUUAGUGUAAAAUGUUAAUCUUUGUUGAUAAUGAUUGGAAAAUUUGUGAUAGAAGUAAAUGCGUUUAGCCUAAUUUCCCAUGAAAAAAAAACUACUUUGUUGACAAAAUCUUAGUUUGGUUACCUGACCAGAUUGGAGGUUGUGUUUGUACUAAAUAAAACUAGAUAAUGGAAAUUCUCUCUUAUUUGUAA